GCCGGAGUUCCACCUGGAGUCUGGAGGCCCCCUGGCCACCCCCCGCCUCGAAGCUCCGGACCGCACCAGACCGGCUACGGCACCAACUUCGGAGCCAGAGUGCGGGCAGCGCCGCUGAGGCGGGCGCCCCAGGCGGAGGGUGCGCGCAGCGCUGGGACCCGGCGUCCAGGGACAGCGCAGGCGGGCGGCCCCGCGCGUCCAGGGCCCCCGGGGCCGGCUGUUUACGGCGCAGAUCUGGCGCCCGGGAGGAGAAUCUGGGCGGGGCGCCACAGACCCAAGGCCCUGCCGCGCUCUUAGCUCUCGUUUUCCCCCCGGGCCGGCCCUCCACCCAUCCUCGCCAGGUUUCGUUUUCGCGGCGCAGCCAAGGGCGGGAUCGGCCAGGCGCCCAUGGCCUUCGCCCGCCGCGCGCCCGCCCCGCCUCUGCUCGGACAGUUUUUAGGGCAGCUGCACGCGCGGCACGGGACCUGCGCCCGGGCCAUGGCUCCGCCGCGGUGCUUCGCGCUGGAACUCCCCGACUGCACACUGGCGCACUUCGCCCUGGGCGCCGACGCCCCCGGCCUGCGUUCGGACCCGCGUCUGGCAGCGCUGCUGGGACCCCCGGGGCGCAGCUACUCGCUGUGCGUGCCGCUGGCCGCGGGCGUGGGCUGCGGGGAGCGCGUCCGGGCCGCCCGGCUGACUCAGCGCCUGCUGCUGCAGCUGCGCCGGGGCCCCUUCCAGCGGUGCCGGCUGAGCAGGCUCCUCUGCUACUGCCCCGAGGGCCCCGCCGGCGGCGCGCAGCACGGCUUCCUGCUGCAGGACCCCAGGGACGGUCCCGACACGCGGCGCGCUCUGCUCCAACUGCUGGGCCAGGGCGCGGGGGCCGCGCUUCUGCACCUGGGCGAGUUCCAGGUGGACCGGCACGGCGGGCUGUGGCAGCGCCUCUGGGCGCUGCAGGACGGAGCGCAGCGGCAGGUGGGCUGCGCGCGGGUGGUGCCAGCCCACGAGCCCGCGCUGCACCCCGCCGUGCCGGACCUGCCCAGCUCCGCUGUUUUCCCAGACCGGGCAGCCGCCCGGGACGUCCUGGAGGCGUGCACACCUGUCAUUCCUGAGGCCCGGGCUGUGCUCAGCCUGGUUGACCAGUGUCCCCAGCAUGUCCAGAGGGGAAAGUUCCAGGUUAUCGCCAUCGAGGGACUGGAUGCCACUGGUAAAACCACUGUGACCCAGGCGGUUUCCGAUGCCCUCAAGGCUGUCCUCUUGAAGUCCCCACCCUCCUGCAUUGGCCAGUGGCGGAAGAUCUUCGAUGAUGAACCAACUAUCGUUAGGAGAGCUUUCUACUCCUUGGGCAAUUAUAUUGUGGCCUCUGAAAUAGCCAAAGAAUCUGUCAAAUCUCCUGUGAUCGUAGACAGGUACUGGCACAGCACGGCCGCCUACGCCAUAGCCACCGAGGUGAGUGGGGGUCUGCAGCACCUGCCCCCAGCCCACCACCCUGUGUACCAGUGGCCAGAGGACCUGCUCAAACCCGACCUGGUCCUGCUGCUCACCGUGAGUCCCGAGGAGCGGGUGCGCAGGCUGCAGGGCCGUGGCGUGGAGAAGACCCAGGAGGAAGCAGAACUGGAGGGCAACAGCGUGUUUCGCCAGAAGGUGGAAGAGUGCUACCGGCGGAUGGAGAAUCCCGGCUGCCACGUGGUGGAUGCCAGCCCCUCACGAGAGAUGGUCCUGCAGACGGUGCUGAGCCUAAUCCGCAAUUCUGGUGAACGCCGGUGACUGCAGCCACGUGCCGCGUCUAGCCAGACGAGACGUUGUGUGCUCCGCCUGAGCCGUGUUUGUGGUGCAGUUUCGCAGAGCCCUGUUGCACCUGCGUGCUGUGUGCUGGAACCCUGCAGCCGGGCACUUUAACACCACUUGCACCAUUGCCCUCUCCUCUGAGGAGCCCACACACUUGAGGGGGCUGUGCUCCAGCGAGAGGCUCCCCUUGCUUUCUGUCCCGUGUGUGGCUUGUUUUCUUGGGACAUGUUUUUAACUCCAUCACUGCCGAAUCUCUAGAAGACUCCUCUGUCCAGAGAUCCUCAGGAAGCUUUCCCAAGUCCACGGACAGCACCCAGAGCCUGUCCCGCCUGCACCUGGCACACGAGGGUUGAGGGACAUGGCCAGAGCUGACCUCUUCCAAGUCUGGCUGCAUUCCACCAUGAGGCGCUCCCUGCUGCUCCCUCAGCCUCCUGCAGAGCCUGGGUGUCCUGGCCCCGUGGGAGCAGUGCCAUCUGUGGGCCAGGGCCACUCACAAAGCAUUGCUCCUACGUCUGAGGGUCACGUUCCCCCAGUGCUAAACCUUAGCAUCAGAUGUGAAGACACCCAGCCAAGGUGAACCAACAGCGAAGAACCAGCCUCCUCCAACUUCACACGUGCUUGUUCACCCUCGGCUCCUCCUGGUUGGCACAGGAGCGUUUGGCACUGAGCUGGGUGCAUUAGCUAACCUAGCGGUUUAUUUGCAUCAUGCCUGCUCUCAGUGCAGGGCUGAGUCACUACGGAACGCUGACGCCAGGAAGCGAAUGCAACGCUCCUUUAUGUUUUCAUUACACAAAUUUCCUAUUUCUUGCUCCGUAAGCACAGUGGAUGCUGGAAUGGACUUUCUUAGUGAAUUACCUUGUGCUUGAAUGCUUUAUGGUUACACAUGAAGUCAGCUUUGAGAUCGUUUGCUAAGAAAAGUAGCUGAGAAAUGUGGAAACUUAGUAUCCUUGUGGCUGUGGGUGGAUCACGUGACAUCAGUCGUCCACAUUACUUGAGUUGUAGCAGUGGUAAGGAUUCUUGGUUCAAUCAGGCAAUUGCUAGAGCCCCUUCGAGUUCUGACCCAGGUAGAUCUGUACAUAAUUUUAUCCUGCCUGCCAUUUCUUAAGAAGACUUUAGCCCAAAACCAUUAAAUUGGCAGCCUCUUCGAGUUUGCCUUGUGGAAUCUUAAACUAGAAUAAAGUAUAGUGCUAAUCUCCUACUAUUUUCCAAAAGAACUACAGGAAAUGUGUGUGCAGUGUAUUUAUGUCCAUACGAAUGUAACUGAUUUCAGCGGAAAAUAUUUUUCCGCCUUGAUUACCGGCAGUGUGGAACCUGAACGUAUUCAGGCAGCCUAGACACAGCAACCUUGAGAGCUUUCUGUGUGCCCCUUGCAAAGGAGUAAACUGGCUGUGGUUUGCUGCUGUCGCUAUGGCUACACAUGGAUUUGUCUGCAAGGUGCCUGUCUAUUUGCCCUGUCAAUACCAUGCAGCCCUCAAAUGGGGGGUGGGGAGCUUUGGGUCAGGAAGUUGGGGGUUGUGAGCUGGUGGCUCACAGAAGGGAAGGUGAUUGUUUUAUUCCAAAUAUUUUUGUUCAUUACAAGUAUCAAAGGGCUGCUCAGUGACCGGCGCCCUUUAUCCAUGCAAGAUACGAGGUCUGUGAGUAUCCAGUGAGGCAGGACCUCCUGCCCCAAGACUGAUGGCGAGUGAUCGUUUGCUUCUUUCUGCCUCUGACACGCUGAGGUUGUUUCUGUUCUGGUGCUGGACCACUAGUUGUUCCAGAUGUUGGCUCUUCUUCCACAGGAACAGAUUUAACUCAGCACAUGGCUGCCGAGGAUUCAGGAUAUGUUCACAAGGCUCCGAUGCACCCAGAUGGGGCCGGCUGGUUAGGUCCUUGUCAGGGAACACAAGCGCGGGUGGGCAUUUUAUGCCCCGUCCCAUACUGGAGAGCAGGCUUGACUCCUGGCUGUGGCUCCUGACUCCAGCUUCCUGCUGAUGACGUCCUGGGAGGCAGCAGGUGAUGGCUUGGGUGGUUUGGUCCCUGACUCCCACUUGGGAGACCCAGAUGACACUCCUGGCUCUGGCUUGAGCCUGGCUCAGCCCCAGCUGUUCUGGGCACUUGAGGAAUGAAGCGAGGAUGAUUUUUUUCUCUCUCUCUCUCUGUCCUCUCCCCCUUCUCUCUCCCUCUCAAUACAGAACAGUAUGUGAGCAGAAGGCGCACAUGACACAUUAGGACAUGGUGUCCCUUUCUCCUUCAGCCCCACUUGGUUGUACUCAAAGGUGGCCAGGGGAUGAGGAUGACGCUGUAGAGCUCAAAAACGAUGGGACAGAUGGAGACCAGUGUCAGACGUGGCUGCAGCAGCCUGGGCCACCUGCUUGGGGUUUUAUGUGCAAUGAGUGCUUUCCCAUCUGGUGUAAGCCAUCCUGGGUUUGGGUUUCUGAUCCACCCAGUUGAGCCUGUAUUUUACAUCUUACAUCAAGACCCCAGAACACUCCCACUGAUGCUGGGACUAACACAGUUCUAAAACAGCCCAUGAGAUAUCAAAUACAGUGAUUACCGGAGAAAAAUAACGUGACCAAUCAUACACAAUUAUGGGUUGAUUAGCCUAUGGGGGCUUAACACUCUCGGUCCUGUGGACUUUCUAUGACCUCACCUGUGUGGAAGGAACUCAGCACUCUGUUGGGCACAAAGAGGACGUCAGUUCACAUUUCUUAUUUACCCCUCGAGGUCCUAGACACUGGUUGCUACCGAAUCCAGACUAUAAUGAAGCCUGAAGUUUUUGAGUUGAACAAUAGGGGCAAAAGCCAGUUUAAGCUUCUUUGAAGUCAGGAGACACAUCUCAUAUUUUCAGGGAUUUCCCACAGCCAAUGUGGAGUGUUCAUGUCCCUGGUGAGAGGGUCCCAACUCUGGUUAUGUGACAUAGCCACCUGCGCAAGGCCUCAAAGAUGGAUACCAUGCCCCCCACACAGAGCAAUGAGGUGGGGUGUGUGUGUAUUUUCCAUCUGACUCUGGUGAGCGAUUGGGAUUGGCCACUGGCCAGCACACACAGGUUAAAGCACGCGUCCAGCUAAUUUGCCAUUGUCCAAAGCAUGAAUCUGGAUCACGGCCUGUGAGGCUAACAUGGAUAGCGGUCACACACCUGUGGAGAGAGCAGGUGAGCAUAUCCCAUCCUCAUGGUCUCAGGCAGCUCUGCGGUUUCUGCUGCUCAGGACACACUUAAAGUCUGCUGCACGCAACAGAGCUUACAAAUAGGGGAAUUCCAGCAGGUGUCAGGAUAUAAUCCUUAUGAGUCCCCUGGACCUAAGGGUGACAGGGUGCCGUUUGUCCCUGAUAUCUACUUACCACCCCUUUCAUGGUAACAGAGCUGUGGCUGGAGCUUUCCAGAUAAUCAUGGCAUCUCUUGCAACCACUUUCAGCCGUCUGUGUCCUCAGGGUAGGUUCUGGCCAGCAGGAUGUGAGCUGUUCUUGCCCUCUCAGAGAGUUGUGCUUGAAUCCCCUUGUUUUCUCCCAUCUCUCUGCCCGCUGGAUUGGAGACUGGAGCAGCCACGUUGGCUCCAGAGAGAGGGAAGCUCUGUAUUCAGAGGGUGGAUCUGUUUUGCCAGCAAAUGUAACUUACUGUUGGAUUGUUACAGGAGAGGGUCGUACAUUUCUGUCCUGUUUAAAGCAUUGUGAUUUGCUCGCUCUCUCUCUCUCUCUCUCACUUUCUUGCUCUUAUGCUCAGUCUUCAUUGUACAGCAAAUUAUCUUAUAUGUUAACAAGUAUCUAAUAUACUCAUUUAUGGUAUAGUGAGUUUAUACAACAGGUCUCCGUUCCUUUUAACUUUUACAAUUCUCAAAGGAAAGUAAAUUUACAACACAAGGCUAUAUGUUGUGUCAUGGGCAUUUGUGCAAAGAGUGAAUGUUGAUGUAAGCGCAAAUUGGCAAAAGAGACCUCAUGGGAGGGGAACUCAACUUGGCUUUGAGAAUUGCACAGAGAUCCUUCAAACUAAUUUUUGUCCUUCACAACCUUGUGAAUGAAGGGCUGAAUGAUGGUUGAAAAUAGCUGCUGUCUUCAGAAGUCUCCAAGGUGUAUGCCAUCCGUUUACUGAUGAUAGCUCAGUAAAGUGUCUUUAUUCCCAUUAACUUUAAAUAAACAUUCAUUACACCAUUGGAUCAUGAAAUGUUGAAUUCAUCAGUCAUUUGUACAGACACAAGAAAAAGAAAUACAAACACACUUCUUCUAAUUAAAAAGUUUUGUGUAUUUAUUUCAUGUUUUCUUUUCCUUUAUCUUUUUGAGUUCUUACAUGCCUUGAGAUAAUUUAUGAAGAUACUGUCCUCGGCUGAAGUAUCUUCUGCUUGAACAGCAGCACACUGGUUCUGUUUCUGGUGUGAGUGAGUACCUCUCUGUUACAUCUGAACUUCCUGUGGAAAACACCUCUAAUUUAUGAAGAAAAGCUGAGAUGUUCUGCAGACAAUGUAGGGUGAACAAAAGGAGAUGGCUUUAAAGUGGGCUUUAGACUUGGAGUAAAAGGAUAGCAAGGAAUAAGUAUUGAUAGUGUUGGUUUUACCCUAAUGGCAGUUCAAUGUCAACUCCACCCUGGUUGCUAAAGUUCAAUAGAAAAUCCAUGUCUUUGUGUAGAGGGUGAAGGGCAAUCCUGCAAAGUAGAAGCUGGACAGGAAAGGCAAAGUCUGUGCGCGCACUCUGCGUGAAUCUCUAUCUAAUUCCUGAGAUAAUGUGUUUCACAGAGUCCAGCUAAUGAAGAAUGAUGUGUCUGGGUUCUGAACCUCUUUGCAAGAGAAAAGUUUCCAGCUUGAGACCAAUGAAGUUCAUUUCCUGAUUUCUUUUUGGAGUAAUCCAACAGAAUCCAGGUUCCCACAACAACACAGUGUUCACAAUAUCUAGGACACAAUUUGAAAUCUCAUAACAUAAGAAGAACCCUAGAAAAUAUGAAGCGUCAUCAAGAGAAAAGGAAAUCAGUGGAGAGCAGCCCCAGGUGAUGGAGCUAGAAGAUUCGAGAAUGUGAAGGAAACAUGCAGAGCAUAAAUAGACAAUAAGAAAAAUCACAGAGAAACAGAAACUUUCAAAAAUAGUUCAUGGAAUUAUAGAACUAAAAUGAUAAUGCCUGAAAUAAAAAACACUGGAUGGAUUUAGCAGAGAAUAGAGUCAAAAAGUGAAGAGUCUAUCAAGCUGAAGAUAGAUUGAAGUUAGUUAACCUAAAUAAGUUCUAUAAUAGAAACAAAGCAUUGGGUAAUUGUGAAUAAUAUCUCUAUAUAAUGUAUAAUUGAAUAAUAUCCCUAUGUAAUAUAUAAUUGUGAAUAAUAUCCCUAUAACGUCCUAUAAGGAUAAGAGAAAGAAAAUGGAAUAUGAGAAACAACAUUUCUCCUGUUGGGGAAAUACUUAGUCUAUGGAUUCAAAAAAUCUCAGUGAGCCCCCAGUACUAAAAAUGCAAAGAAACAAUGUAUGGGCCCAACAUGAUUACACCGUGCAGUGCCUCCUAACGUUGGCGUCCUUCCUGCAACCUCGGAGUGUGAUCCUACUUGGGUAUAGACUCUCUGCAAAUGUCAACAAGUUAGGAUGAGGUCCUACUGGAUUAGAGUAGGCCCUGAUCCAACAUGACUGGUGUCCCUAUAAGACAAGGUGACUGACAGAGACACACAGGGUUAACCCCGGAAGCACAGAAGGGGUAAGGACAGCUUCUGCCCCAUUCUUGGACGGAGUGUGGCCCUGGGGGCACCUAAUUUUAGACUUCCAGCCUCCAGAACUGUGAAAGAAUGGAGCUCUGUUGAUUCAAGCCUACAGUUUGGGAAACUUUGUAACAGAAAACCUAUGGAACUAGUGCAAUAGUCAAAAUACUGAAACCAAAGAUAAAAAGAAAAUUCUGAAAGCAGAUGGAGAAAAAUGGCUUAUUGUAAAGAUAUAUAUAUGGUAAUAUCUGUGUGAAUUAUUGCUGAGUAUUUGCUAAAAACCAUGGAGAAGCCAGUGGAACAAAAUCUUCAGUAAAUCAGUGUUAGUCAUGAA